GAAACAAGGGUUAUGCUUUUCAGUUUCGUGUUAAAAGUUGUAUUUUGAAAUGUGUGGACUGGCAAUGUUUAUGCUAAUGUAAUGCUAGGAAAUCCUAAGGCUAUAGGAUAAUAAUAAUAAUAUCAUCAUGACGGAGAUUCUGUGUAGAUGGCUAAAUUCUGAGCUGAAAAUUUCGCAGCCAGUUGAUCAGAAGAAUUUUUCUGAGCAGUUUGCAAGCGGCUAUCUGAUUGGUGAGGUACUUAAGAAGUACAACCUUCAAGAUGACUUCCAAUCCUUCUCGCAGUCAAGGACUGCGGACUCCAAGCUCAAUAAUUUUACCCGCCUGGAGCCUACCUUACACCUGUUGGAGGUGCCCUUUGACACCAACACCGCCCACGGCGUCAUGCAAGAAGAACCAGGUGAGGCUACUCGCCUCAUGUAUCAGCUUUACGUAGCCCUGAACAACAAGAAGCAAUCCAGCUUGACCGGUGUGGCGAUGGAGACCAUGCGUGCCCGGGCACCGGUGAAGCUGGAGAGCCUUGAGCGAGGGCCUUAUAGAGAGCGUCUGAAGAUACUUACCCCUCGUCAGACAGAUCUGAAUCUGGAUCAACUGGUGGAGAAGUUUCGCGACCGCAAGCGUCAACAUCUGGACGUGGAGUUCCGUACUAAGUAUGAGGAGGAGGAGAAGCGUCGUCAGUGGCAGCAAGACCAACGUCUGAUGGAGCUCCAGAAAGCGUCAGAUGCUAGGAGGAGACAGACUGAACUUGUGGCCAGGAUCAAGGCUGCCACUGUUGAGAUGCCCAAGCCACCACCCAACAAGACACUAAAGGCAAUCACUGCUCGACGUGACAUGGUCUUGAAGAGGGAAGCAUAUGAGAUGAGGAGACAGAUUGCCGAGUUUGAGAACCAGAUGAAUCGCUCCUUAAACAUGACUCAGGAGGACAGAGAUGCUGAUGAAGAAGUGGCAACUUAUCUGCGAGAGCAAGAGAAGGAAAAAAACAAGCCAGAGUUGGUGCAAUUAAUAAAGCCUGCUUCCAAUGAUCAGUACAUCAAUAAGAUCAGAAAACGUCUUCAAGAGGAUGCCACUGCACGUCAGGAACGAGAGAAGAGAAGACGCAAGGUGCUGGUCGAUCAACUCAAGGCGCAUGAUGCUCAAGAGGAAGCACGUAGAGAAGAGCUUCUGGUGAACCGUCUGAUGCGUCAAUCGCAGCAGGAGCGACGCAUUGCAACCCAGCUGCUGCAGUUACGCCACGAGAAGGCGGUGAUCUGUCAAAAUCGCAUCUUCAGGGAGCAGCAGUAUGAGGAGAGACGGCAGAAGGACUUCCAGGAGGCCAUGGACAGGGAGGCUGAGCUGGCUCGUCUAGCCAAGCUUGAGUACAUCGAGCAGACUAAAAGAGACAAAGAACUCCACGAUAAGAUUGCAGAGGAUCGAGCCGAGGCCAAGUACAGGAAACGUUAUAACAUCUGCAGGGAUAUCCUACUGGAUGUGGUGGACUUUGCCUGUAAGGUCGGCAAGUACAGGGAGCUCACUGAGAAGCAACUUCCUGCAAAGCUGAUGAGAGAAUGGAAACUACUCUUCACGUCUGGCAAACCACUAUAUGAGCAAACUAUUGAACCGAAGGAAGAGGAACCAGUGCAGUCUGAAGAGGACCAGCUAAUAGAAAAAGAACGUCAAGUGCUACUUGAUGAAGGUGACUUCCUCGAGUACAGGAGCAUGAUUGGUGAGUGGCAGCCGCCUCCUGAUUGUGAUAUCGCAGGUCCUCAGAAGAACAAUGCGGUACUCGGUCACAUCUUGGCUCGGAUCUUCAGUAUCGUCUCUCCACCCACGCCACCCCCAGUGGCUCCAGAAAUCCCACCCUUCCCAGUCAAGGCUUGCUUCCUCGGCAAAGCAUUCACUGGAAAAUCAUCUGUGGCUGCCAGUUUGGCUGAUGAGCAUGGCUUAGCUGUUCUGGACGUUGAUGAGCUUGUCCGAGAUGCAGUAGAUGCGUACAAGGCAGGAGAAGUCAUGGAGAUACCACCUCCAGCUCUCCUGGAGGGGGAACCAGUGGAGGGGGCAGAGGGAGAACCACAACCAGUAGUGAACAUCUCAUCAAGCAAUGAGCUCGCCUCUGGGCAGCCCAGCACCCUUGGAGAUGUCACUGUGAUACCAGCCACUCCUAACUCCAUGAUUCCAAGCUUAGAUACCAAAGAAAAAGUUGAUGAAGAGAAAUCGGAGGUGAGCCGAGAUGGAGCCCCAGUGACUGAGAAACUCAAGGAGGCGGAAGCCAGUGAUGUUAAGGGUAGCGGCAAGAAACCACCCAGCCCAACCAAGAAGAAGGGACCGCCCAAACCAGAGCCGACUGCCCGUGCCAAGCUCGGCAAGCUGGCCUCCAAGUUCCUUCGCAAAGGUCAACCAGUCAAAGAUGAGCUUCUAGUUGAGAUCAUGGUUGAGGCUGUCAAACGCACCCAAGAGGAGCACGGUUGGAUCAUGGACGGCUUCCCAUCCACCAUAGCCCAGGCCAAGCUCUUGGAGAAAGCCUUGAGUGGUUACGACGCCAACGCCAAGCCGUCCCGAGCUAAGCUGAGGCAGAGUCGUCUUGCCCUUGACCCUAACCCACCCAAGGAUCCUCCGCCACCAGUCAGUGGUAUUGACCUCGUUGUGCUGUUUGAAGCCCCGGAUGAACUGGUGUUGAAAAGAGCUGCAGGACGUACAUAUGCGAGUCAAUCAGGGGAGCAGUACCAACAGGAGUUUAGACCCCCUCCAGAUGGCAGCUGCACCGGGGUCGGCAAACAAGAGAAAGUCUCAGCUGUGAAGGAUGCAGCUCACGAUCAAGAACAGAUUCAACAUCGACUUACAGGCUUCCAGGACUCUUGGAAGAAGUUAGAGAAGUGGUUUGGAGGUUUUGGAAUCUUACGCAAAGCGGACGUCGCUUCUGAGCAGGAGGAUGCUUAUAAGACGGUAGAGGAGAUCAUGAUUGAGACAAAAGAAAAGAUCGAGAAAGCAAAGGAAGAGGCAGACAAGAGUGAGGAGGAUCUUCUGAAAGCUGCCACCGAGGGCAGUAUAGCGGGGACAGUAUCAGAAGCCCCUACGACCCAACCCACUGAAGGCAUGGACUCGAUGGCCACACUGCCUGGUGAUGCGCAGCCUGGCGAUGGCCUCCAGUCUGAAGCUGGUAAGGACUCUAUACCCACUGUAGCACCAGGCUCUCCCAAAGGUUCUCGAGCAGGCUCAGCCAAGCGUAGCGGGUCAGCGAAACGAGGUUCCCCAAAGCGAGGUAACUCCCCCAAGCGAGGUGAAUCCCCCAAACGGGAUAAAUCACCCAAGGGGAAGAGGGACAGAGAGAAGAAGAAGGAAGGCUCCCGAUCGGGGAGUGCCAAGAGAUCACCAUCGGGGGGGAAAGGAAAGAGAGGCAAAUCAGGUUCACCGAAACGAGGCAAGUCGGGGCGUAAGUCGCCUAAGAGAGAACCCACCCCUGAGCCUGAGCCUGAACCUGAGCCCCCAGUACCCACUGGCCCCCCUCCACCCCAGCCAGGAUCUGAUGACUGGGUAUAUGUGGAUGAACCUAUUGAUGAGGCACUGGCAUGUGUCCUAGCUCCCCACUGGGAGAACACUGAGUCUACGUACGUCGCCAGCACCAAGCACAUCUUCCAUAACAUCCGUGAGGAACGUGAGAACAUCUACCAGUACUUCUACAAGGUGCGGCGCGAUUUUGAAGAGUACCUACGCCGUCCAGACGGCAAGCAGGAGUUUCUGGCCGCCUGGCAGCAAGAAUACAACGACAUCGCUGAGGAUAUGCGAGAUGAUGAGGAGACGAGGUCCGAGCUUCACCAGAGGGUCAUGGAUCUCAAAGAGCAACUGUGGGAGAUGUCUGACAGCCGGAAAAUUGAUGCAGAGACUGAACGAACAGCUGUCAUGGAGGAAGGGUGGCUGGAGGAUAGACUAGGUCUCCUGACCAACCAUUUCCUCACCCUCAUGCAGUGCGAGACAGAUCGCUACCAAGACACUCUACGCCUCUUGAAGGAUUACUACCAGGGUAUGGAGGGCAAGAUCCCAGAAGAAUUUGACACCAGCUUCGUCCGUAUCCCGCUCAUCGAUCUGUCUACGGCCACGGAGAGGCCAAGCUCGGCACCGGCCAGCGCCGUGGCCAGCGAGACGGUGGUCACCAGGGCCAUCACACCGACGACGCCGUCUGCCAAGGGGAAAAAAGGAAAGGAACCUCCACCGGAGGAGGUGAAGGACGAGGCGGAUGAGGAGAAACCAAAAAUUCCUCUUGUCCCUCGACGCCCAACAUCCACCGAGGGCUUCUUCCCGAGUCAGACUCAAGCGGGCAAGGCUGAGAAGGGAAGCAAGAGUAGAGCAGGCAAGAAGGAGAAAGAGAAAGCCGUCCCUGCAACUAGCCUGGAAGAGACUCAAGAGAGUCCUCCACCACCUACAGAUGCUGAUGAAAAGUUGAUCUUUGAUGCCUUCCAGUUUGGGAUGAUGAAAAUAACAGAAAUGACUGCUGCAGAACUCGCUGCUCGGGAUGCCGAAGACGAAGCGGAAAAGAUCCGCGAGGCCGAGAAGGACAAGGAGAAGGACAAGGGUAAUGCCAAGAAGCCCGCUAAGAAACGAAGCAAGAGUAAGUCACCAUCUGGCAAGAAAUCCCCGGCUGGUGGCAAGAAAUCCCCCAGUGGCAAGAAGUCACCGGUUGGGAAGAAGUCGCCCAAGAAGGGGAAGAAGACGGCCACGCCUACCCCACCACCGACACCACCUCCUGCAACCGAGGAUACUCCGGAGGAACGAGCUAAGAAGGAAUUAAGAGACAGGAUGAAGCAGGAAUACCUAGCAGCCAUCUCACAUGAAGAGAGUGGUCUGAAGACGAGGAUGGAGCUGACAAAGAUCCACGCUAUUGCCGUCCUUCAGGAGCUUAAAGCCAAGUCUGAAGAGGUGUACAAGGAUAUGGAUGACUGGCUGGGCGCUCGCUUCCAACAGGAAAUGGGCAGCAUUGACACUGUGACAGAAGUUCUUGGUGAGAACAUCGAGAAGAAACAGAAAAUCCAGCCGGAGCUAGUCUCCUUUCAAGAUGAAUUCCUUAUCAACAAGGAAGUGAAAGUGUUCCGUACACCAAGCCCUCCACCGAGGCCCUCCCCUAUUGAGAUUGCUUUACCAGACACAUUCACUGUGGAUCAGAUGAAGUUAUUGUAUCAACAGUUUGUUCGCUCAGCACCUUCUGGCUUCAUCUCUAACAAGGGAUUUGUGGAUACUCUGUCUGACUUGACUGCAUUGACGCAUGGAACAGAGGCCCUGCCUGAUCAAUGGAUGAGCCUAAAUCUCAACCAGUUGGAGCAGCUAGCCACCAUCCUGUCCCCAGAUUCUGAGUAUAUCGACUGGCGCACAUUCAUGCUACAGAUUGCUCAGCCUUUUACCCAACCCUCCCAGGCACAACUUCUUGUUACUCUACAAUGCUUCAAGAAAGUUGACUCUCUAGGCUUGGGAACGUUGACCAGGGAGCAGUUUGAUCAGGUGCCUCUGUGGUACACAUCAGACCCAAGACCUCCAACGCCUGAAGAUCCAAGUAUACCUCUACCGUUUGACAGGACUGCACAUGUGCAGAGAAUGUUCUUUGAUAUCUUUGCUGACUCUACCUUAAUGCCCCCUGUGCUGGAUUAUACUAACAUGCUCCUGUACUUCAGCAUUGAUCAAGACGCUCUGAAUGGAUUCUUCAGAGCUCUGAGUGUGGUAUCUGGAAAGCACAUGCCCCGCCCACAACUAGAGGAGGCUGAGCCGACUGAGAAACAGCUGGACCAACUCAGCGUCAUGAAAGAGGUUGUUGAGGUUUUGGCAGGUCAAGAAGUGAGGCUUCAAGACAAGAAAGUUGAGCCUAGCCUGGGCCCGCCUGAAGAAGGUAUACCACCCAGUGCUCUACAAGCCACUGUGGAUCUGAAUGCUUUAGUACAGGUUUUACACCAUGGUCAGCCAACCCUCGGUGACAGCCAUCGCUUCAGCGUGACCUCUGACCCGGAGGAUACCUUCUCCCAGGAGCGUCUAGCCAGUGUGUAUCGUGAGCUUGGGGACAACAAGCUAAGCCCGGUACCCUUCUUUAGACUCUUGGAUCAUCCCAUCAUUCAAGACUGCCUGUCAAUGUGCCACAGAUACAAGACACCGGAUCUUCGUUCUGUAUUCACCAUUCCAGUAACAACAAUUGCAAUUGAUGACGCUAACAGCAUCAUGUCCUGAGUUGGCUAAAACUCAUUUCUGUGAGGAUUUCUCUAAUUCUCAUAUUUUUGAGGAGAGUUUCAAAUUUUAUUGAGGUCUUCUGUUGUGUUUUAAUUUCUUUCACUAUUCAACCUUUCUGAUAAUUAAUUUUGUUUAAUUUUGAUAAAUCAUCAAAUUGAGUGUGUUUAAACAUCAUGGUAUAAAUGCUAGUGUUUCUGCAUCAUAGAGUUAUAAAACUGGAAGGCGAACAAAACCAAGUGACACUGCCCAACAAGAAGCGUUUUUUGGUCUUUGAGAAAUGGUGCGACCCAUCGUAUAGCACAUGUCAUGCACCAGUUCACUCAGCCAACAUUUUGUAAGGGAACAAUUGUAUGUAAUUUACCAGCAGGGAUUCAAACCCAUGGUCAGCCAGCACGGUUAAGUUAUGUGUGUAGUUAGAGUGCUCCCUCUAGUUCUUAUAUAUAACUCUAUGAUAUGAUUUGAACUGCCUUUAGCCAUCGGGCUAGCUACUUAGUGGUGAGUUAUCUGCUCUAGCAGUGCGAAGGUUAUGGGUUCCAACCCCAUCUGAAUGAUUUGGCUGUGGACUUUGUUCACAGAACUCGGGAAAGUACUGAGUAAACACACUGCCUUAUACACAUUGGGUCGGUGUAAGGGUGAAAAUUCAUUUUAUUCUAUGAUCUGUUUUGAGAUAAAGUUUUAACGAGAAUGAUUGUGUGUUUGUUUAAAGCCUAUAAUUAUUAUCCACCAAUAUGAGCUUGUGCCUUAAAUUUAAGAUAAAAUGAAAUAUUAACCUAUUUUGAAUAUUGAAAUUUUCAAUCCGUUUAUUUGCUUUUAAAAUAUUGGCAUAACUAUAAACUACCAACUAAUCAAUAUUUAACAUGACAUGAUUUAAGGAAAAAAUAUUAUAAUAAUUUGGAGAAUAUUAUUGAAAAGAUCCGUCCUCUUUCUCACAAAACCAUUCCACUGGGCAUUUUAUUCAGAAAUUCAUGAAUUUAUUAAAUGAUUCAAAUGAUAGAUUAACAUUUUUCUUAUAUGUCUGAUAUUCCAAGAAAUGUUUAUAUAUAACUAUCACAAAUGAUAACAUAUUGUAGCAUUAGAGUACUUAAAAACAUCCGUCCACUUUUGUAGUGUUUGAAUAUAAUUUGUUUGUGUUUUCUUCUUUAGAAUGGUUUGUUUGCAUAAUUGAGCUAAUUAAAUCACAAAGUCU